AUGGCGAUGCACGCCCUCACUGGCUUCUCGCUGGUCAGCCUGCUCAGCUUGGGCUACCUGUCCUGGGACUGGGCCAAGCCGAGUCUGGUGGCUGACGGGCCUGGGGAAGCCGGUGUGGAGCAGCCUUCGGCCGCUCCACCCCAGCCUCCCCAUAUCAUCUUCAUCCUCACCGACGACCAGGGCUACCACGACGUGGGCUACCACGGCUCUGAUAUCGAGACCCCUACACUGGACCGGCUGGCAGCCGAGGGUGUCAAGCUGGAGAAUUAUUAUAUUCAGCCCAUCUGCACGCCUUCGCGGAGCCAACUUCUCACUGGCAGGUACCAGAUCCACACCGGACUUCAGCACUCCAUCAUCCGCCCUCGGCAGCCCAACUGCCUGCCCCUGGACCAGGUGACGCUGCCCCAGAAGCUGCAGGAGGCUGGCUACUCCACCCACAUGGUGGGCAAGUGGCACCUGGGCUUCUACCGGAAGGAGUGCCUGCCCACCCGCCGGGGCUUCGACACCUUCCUGGGCUCGCUCACCGGCAACGUGGACUACUACACCUACGACAACUGUGACGGGCCCGGGGUAUGUGGCUUUGACCUGCACGAGGGCGAGAGCGUGGCCUGGGGGCUCAGCGGCCAGUACUCCACCAUGCUCUACGCCCAGCGGGUCAGCCACAUCCUCGCUAGCCACAGCCCCCGGCGGCCCCUCUUCCUCUACGUGGCCUUCCAGGCCGUGCACACGCCCUUGCAGUCCCCUCGCGAGUACCUGUACCGCUACCGCGGCAUGGGCAACGUGGCCCGGCGCAAGUACGCAGCCAUGGUAACCUGCAUGGAUGAGGCCGUGCGCAACAUCACCGGGGCCCUCAAGCGCUACGGUUUCUACAACAACAGCGUCAUCAUCUUCUCCAGUGACAACGGCGGCCAGACCUUCUCUGGGGGUAGCAACUGGCCGCUGCGAGGACGCAAGGGCACUUACUGGGAAGGGGGCGUGCGUGGCCUCGGCUUCGUCCACAGCCCCCUGCUCAAGCGAAAACGCCGGACAAGCCGGGCGCUGGUGCACAUCACUGACUGGUACCCGACCCUGGUGGGUCUGGCAGGUGGCACUGCCUCGGCGGUGGAUGGGCUAGAUGGCUAUGACGUGUGGCCCACCAUCAGUGAGGGCCAGGCCUCGCCGCGCACAGAGAUCCUGCACAAUAUCGACCCCCUCUACAACCAUGCCCGACACGGCUCCCUGGAGGCUGGCUUUGGCAUCUGGAACACGGCUGUGCAGGCUGCCAUUCGCGUGGGUGAGUGGAAGCUGCUCACAGGGGACCCUGGCUAUGGGGAUUGGAUCCCACCACAGACGCUGGCCGCCUUUCCCGGCAGCUGGUGGAACCUCGAGCGCAUGGCCAGUGCCCGCCAGGCGGUGUGGCUCUUCAACAUCAGCGCUGACCCCUACGAACGGGAGGACCUGGCUGGCCAGCGGCCCGAUGUGGUCCGUGCCCUUCUGGCCCGUCUGGUGGACUAUAACCGCACAGCCAUCCCUGUGCGCUACCCAGCUGAGAAUCCCCGGGCCCAUCCCGACUUUAAUGGGGGUGCUUGGGGGCCCUGGGCCAGUGAUGAGGAAGAGGAGGAAGAGGAGGAAGAGGCAGGCAGGGCUCGUAGCUUCUCCCAAGGGCGCCGCAAGAAAAAAUGCAAGAUUUGCAAGCUUCGAUCCUUUUUUCGUAAACUCAACACCAGGCUGAUGUCCCAGCGGAUCUGA